AUGAUUUUCAAGCCAGGGGUCAUUUCUCAACGUUUAUUGGAUAAUUUAUUAAAUGGGAGAAGAAACCGAACAAGAAAUGAAGGCAUUUACAAUUUUCCUAUCCGUCACACUCGAACCCAACCCCAUCUCUCACACCCGUCCCGCUCUCUCAUACACUCAUUCUCUCUCUCUAUCUUUAUCCCUCUCUCUGUCUCGGCUUAUCUAUCUAUCUAUCUAUCUAUCUAUCUAUCUAUCUAUCUAUCUUGGCUUCUUUAUCUAUCUAUCUAUCUAUCUAUCUAUCUAUCUAUCUAUCUUGGCUUCUUUAUCUAUCUAUCUAUCUAUCUAUCUAUCUAUCUAUCUAUCUAUCCUUAUUUAUUCAUCUAUCUAUCUAUCUAUCUAUCUAUCUAUCUAUCUAUCUAUCUAUCUAUUUUAAUAACAUCAUAUUUAUCUAUCUAUCUAUUCUAUCUAUCUAUCUAUCUAUCUAUCUAUCUAUCUAUCUUUCUCUAUCUUCUAUCUAUCUAUCUAUCUAUCUAUCUAUCUAUCUAUUAUCUAUUGCAUCUAUUCAGAUAUAUCUAUUUACUAUCUAUCUAUCUAUCUAUCUAUCUAUCUAUCUAUCUAUCUAUCUAUCUAUCUAUCUAUCUAUUGCAGUUUUCUGUUUUUUUAUAUAACUCGUCUUAUCUAUCUAUCUAUCUAUCUAUCUAUCUAUCUAUCUAUCUCAAUCUGUUCAUAUCGAUCUAUCUAUUGACUUUUUAUAUCUGUCUGAGUCUUUUUUUAUCUAACUCGUCUUAUCUAUCUAUCUAUCUAUCUAUCUAUCUAUCUAUCUAUCUAUCUAUCUAUCAUCCAUGUUCCCCAUCUAUCUAUCUAUCUAUCUAUUCUAAUCUAUCUAUCUAUCUAUCACAGUCACUCAUCUAUCUAUUGUCAAUCUGUUCAUAUCUAUCUAUCUAUUUUUUUUAUAUCUGUCUGAUCUUUUUUGUAUCUAACUGUCAUAUAUCUAUCUAUCUAUCUUCUAUCUAUCUAUCUAUCUAUCCUGAAACAGUCUAUCUAUCUAUCUAUUUGUUAAUGUUUAUAUAUCUCUGUCGAUCAGAGUAUGUUCAUAUAUCUAUCUAUCUAUCUAUCUAUCUAUCUAUCUAUCUGUCUAUGUCAAUGUUUAUAUAUCUCUGUCGAUCAGAACCAUGUUCAUAUUUAUUAAAUUCAUCUAUCUAUCUAUCUAUCUAUCUAUCUAUCUAUCUAUGUCAAUGUUUAUAUAUCUCUGUCGAUCAGAGUGUGUUCAUAUCUAUCUAUCUAUCUAUCUAUCUAUCUAUCUAUCUAUCUAUCUAUCUGCUCAAUACACAAUUAAUCCUCCUUCAACUUUCCCUCUCCUUUUACCUCAGCCAUUUUGACGAUUCACUUACAACGAACGGCAGACAUCAAUUAAUGUAA